UCCUCCUAUUUAUUUAUGGUUCUCACUUCUCAGGUUAAGGUUAAUAAUGCUAACAUCACUAUUUUACUCCACACCUCUGAUUAGAGUGAAGAAGUGAAAAAGUUGUAGCGCGUGAGUGUGCGUGAAUCAUUGAUCUCUCAUAGCAAUAGCUUACUAGCUGGCAUAGGUAUAAUGAUAUUGAUUCUGUUCUGAUCCAAAACCAGCCCACAAUUGCAAACUAGUAGCAAUAUAGCAUGAUAGAAGCAUAGUCCUUCAUUUUCCAUUUGUUUGUGAAGAAACUAGUUGUUGUAUACUUGUAUUUGCAUUGCCAAUUACUCCUAUCACCGCACGGAAACCACUCCAACCGUUUCUUUCUCUCUCUCUCUGGAACCAACUUUUUCUUCUCUCGUAACUCUCAACCAUUAACCACUCUCUUCCCCAUUCUCAUUAUUAUUAUUCACACCACCCUCUCCACCUCCAACUUCAACAAUGGCAGAGGAAGAUAGCUACAACCUCUCUUCUUCUUCCUCACAGGACGAAAUCUCCCUUUUCCUCCGUCAGAUUCUUCUCCGUUCAUCAUCCAACCCCAACAUGCCUCCAUCCUCCAACUCACCCCUUCAUACCACCGCCGGAGCCUAUCUCUCCGCUUCAUCUCAGCCUCUGCCUGCUGCAAAUGUCUCUUCCUCCUCUCUAGGUGUCAGUGAGAAUGAGGCUGAUGAAUAUGACUGUGAAAGUGAGGAGGGUGUUGAAGCAUUGGGUGAAGAGGUUAGGACAAAGUCUCUUCCUUCUUCUAGGAGCUCAUCUAAAAGGACUAGAGCAGCAGAGGUUCAUAAUUUGUCUGAAAAGAGGAGAAGGAGCAGGAUCAACGAGAAGAUGAAGGCUUUGCAAAAUCUGAUUCCAAACUCUAACAAGACUGAUAAGGCUUCCAUGCUUGAUGAAGCUAUUGAUUACCUUAAACAGCUUCAGCUCCAAGUACAAAUGCUGUCAAUGAGAAAUGGAUUGAGUUUGCAUCCUAUGUGCUUCUCUGAAGGCUUGCAGCCUCUGCAAUUGUCUCGGAUGAGUAUGGAUUCAAGUGAAGGAAACAAGUCUACCCUUUUAAACAUGACUACUACUCUGCCUCUGCAACAAGAGAACCCCUUGCACUAUGCAUCAUCCAAUCUCAAUCUACCUAGCAAACAAGUUUUGCCAAAUAAGCCAUCAGCGUCCCAUCAUUCAUUUGUUAACAACUUGGAAACUUCUUUCUGGCAGGAACCGCAAAUCCUGGCACCGCACAGAGGAUCUUCCGAGGCAAUACAUGGGGAAGUCAUAUGGCAGCACCAGCAAUCAAAUGCAAUCCAUUCAGAUACCAAUCCAAUAGGUGGUUCUCAAGGUGUAAAAGAAUUGGAGGCAGACAUAUUACCUACCGUGUCACUUUCAUUUGGGAUGCGAACUUCUGACCCUGAGGACAACAACCCCUUGCAACCAUGCAUUGCGGGAAGAGAUCAGUCAGGAGUGAUCAUAAGAAGUAGCGAGCCUAACAUAAUUCUUACAUCACAGUGAAGUAGGUAAAUGGCACAUGAUGCUUAAGAAAGCAUUUCACAUAUAUCUUGAUGCAUGCAACAUGUCUGCAGAAGGGGAUUUGUAACUUGAGGACAGGGAGAUCAGAUUUUUGAAGUUUGCCAGACCUCCUAUACUUUUUGAAUUUCAGUUUCCUCAUCAGCGUAGGAAACCUUUUUGUGGUGUAGCCUAUGGCCUAUGUGACAUGAGAGCAGCACCCAGCUUCUCAAGUUGAUAAAUUAUCUAUUAUCUAUAUGUUUGUGAUUAGUGAUUACUGAUUACCUCUGUAGAACAUUGAAGGAACGUUUUCCAAA